AUGCCCAACGGCUAUAGUCACUCAAUGGCUGUCGAUCAUGAUCCGGCCGAAGUCGACAUAACUACCAAAAGCGAGCCCAGUUCACCCGAACCUGACGAGUCCCAUCCCGCCUCCGAGUCCUCCCCCGAGCAUGAUGCCGCCGAUGAUUCAUAUGAUGCAGAGUCUCAGGCAUCGGAUCCUGAAGAUGGAGAUGUUGUGAUGGGUCACAGUGGCGAUGAUCUCAAUCCGUCCAGCCGUGAAAACUCUUCAUCACCGCACCCCGACCAAGAUGGGAAGCAUAGGUCGUCGCCGGCGGACGAAACGGAGUACAUGCGACAAAAUCCAGAUCUUUAUGGUUUGCGGCGCAGUGGUCGGGCGCGCCCAACCCGCCACAUUGUCGAAUCGUCAGAUUCUGACUCCGACGCGGUUGCAUCUCGCCCGAAGCGCCGGCGCAAAGAACCCUCCCAGCAGCCCUCAAAAUCCUCGCGGUCGGCCACUGCCUCAUCAUUCUCGGAAUCGGGCAGUGAUGAGUAUGGUGGGAAGUCAAGCAAAGCUAGGCGCCGUCGCAUGAAGGAGGCAGCAGGCAUGGAGCCUUCUCUCAGCGAGGUCCGCUUCUCGACGCGUAAUGCUGCCAAGAUCUCCAACUACAAUGAAGAUGACGAGGACGAGUCAAUAUUUGAGGAUGACCCUGAGGAUAUGACUGCGGACUAUUGGGCUCAGAAUUAUAUGGAGGAUACUCGGCCUGCCGUGGACGUGGUACUCAACCACAGGCUGAAGGACGGUAUUGACCCCAAAAACCCAGACGUCGACCGCCAUGACUUUGAGUUUUACAUCAAGUGGCAGGACAAGUCACAUUACCAUUCCACGUGGGAACCCAAUGAGGCUCUCGCCAACUACCGGAGCACGCGUCGUGUAGACAAUUACGUUCGUAAGGUGCUGAAUGAAGACCUCCGCCUCCAGCAUGACCCCUACGCCGCACCCGAAGACCGCGAAAAGUGGAACCUUGAUCGUGAACGUGAUGUGGAGGCAAUUGAAGAUUACAAGCACGUUGAGCGAGUAAUUGGUGUCCGGGAAGGCGAGGAAGGCUCCGAGUACCUUGUCAAGUGGAAGCGCCUCUUUUACGACUCAUGUACCUGGGAGCCGGAAGACAUUAUUAGUGAGAUUGCCCAGCAUGAGGUGGAUCGCUUCCUAGAUCGUUCCUCUCGUGUCCCCGUUUCCGACAAGAACGAAACAAACCCAGCCACACGCAAGUCAUUUGAGGCUAUCCACAGUACGCCGUCCUUCCUCCAGAACGGCGAACUUAAGGAUUUCCAAGUCAAAGGCCUGAAUUUCUUGGCUUUCAACUGGGUCAAGGAUCGCAAUGUCGUGUUGGCAGAUGAGAUGGGUUUGGGCAAGACGGUCCAGACAGUCUCAUUUAUCAAUUGGCUACGCCAUGUUCGACGUCAACAGGGACCUUUCAUUGUCAUCGUUCCUCUGUCUACAAUGCCCGCCUGGGCGGAAACGUUUGACAACUGGACCCCAGAUCUUAAUUAUGUCGUCUACAACGGUAGCGAGAAGGCCCGCCAGGUCCUCCGCGAUUACGAAUUAAUGGUGGAUGGAAACCCUAAAAGACCAAAGUUCCAUGUGUUGUUGACCACCUAUGAAUAUGCCAUGAAUGACUCGCCGUUCCUGGGACAAUUCAAGUGGCAGUUCAUGGGUGUUGAUGAGGCCCACCGUCUGAAGAAUCGUGAUUCGCAACUGUAUAUGAAGCUGGCAGAGUGGAAAUGCCAAGCUCGUCUCCUCAUUACUGGCACACCGAUCCAGAACAAUCUUGCAGAGCUUUCGUCUCUAAUGGAUUUCCUCAACCCGGGUCAGAUCCAUAUUGACGUGGAUAUGGACUUGAACUCUGAUGCUGCCUCCCAAAAGCUUGCCGAGCUGACCGAUGCUAUCCAACCAUUCAUGCUACGUCGGACCAAAUCCAAGGUUGAAUCCGACCUCCCUCCCAAGACAGAGAAGAUCAUUCGUGUCGAGCUGUCCGAUGUCCAACUCGAAUACUACAAAAAUAUUUUGACCAAAAACUACGCCGCCCUGAACGAUGGUGCCAAGGGCAUGAAGCAAUCUCUCUUGAACAUUAUGAUGGAGCUUAAGAAAGCAAGCAACCACCCCUUCAUGUUCCCUACCGCCGAAGCGAAAAUUCUGGAAGGGGCCACCCGGCGUGAGGAUAUUCUGCGAGCUAUGAUUACCAGCAGUGGAAAGAUGAUGUUGCUCGACCAACUGCUCCGCAAACUCAGGGGAGAUGGCCACCGAGUCCUUAUUUUUUGUCAAAUGGUGGGCAUGCUCAACAUUCUGAGCGAGUACAUGGAGUACCGUGGCUACAAGUAUCAACGAUUGGAUGGAACCAUUCCUUCUGCCGCUCGACGCCUCGCUAUUGAACAUUAUAACGCGCCUGAAAGUACCGAUUUUGCAUUCCUUCUUUCUACGCGAGCCGGUGGUUUGGGAAUCAACUUGAUGACUGCCGACACCGUUGUUCUGUUUGAUUCGGAUUGGAAUCCUCAAGCCGAUUUGCAAGCGAUGGCCCGAGCCCAUCGUAUUGGACAAACGCGGCCCGUCAGUGUGUAUCGUCUUGUUUCAAAGGAUACAAUUGAGGAAGAGGUCAUUGAGAGAGCCCGAAACAAGCUUCUCCUUGAAUUCAUCACCAUUCAGCGUGGUGUCACUGAUAAGGAAGCCUCGGAGAUGCAGAACAAGAUGGCUCGCGUUGUUGCCGAGCCGAAUUCGACCGAUGACAUCUCACGCAUUCUCAAGCGCCGUGGCCAGAAGAUGUUCGAGCAGACCGACAAUCAAAAGAAACUUGAACAGCUUGAUAUCGACUCAGUUCUCGCCAACGCUGAGUUGCACCAGACGGAGGAAACCGAGCAGAUCCAAGCAGAUGGUGGUGAAGAGUUCUUGAAGGCAUUUGACUUUGUUGAUAUCAAGGUCGAUGAUCUUUCCUGGGAUGAUAUCAUCCCCAAGGCACAACUCGAGGGAAUCAAGGAAGAUGAAAAGCGCAAGGCGGAUGAGAGAUACCUGGCUGAUGUGAUCGAGCAAAACCGGCCGCGCAAACGCCAUGCGCCAACGGAGGAAACUCGAGACUCUAGGGAAGAACGCAAGGCCAAACGCCAAGCCAGAGCACAGGUUGCUAUUGAUGACGUGGAAGACGAAACUUCGUUGGAUCCGAAGCGUCCUCUUGGUGAAAAGGAAUACCGUUCUCUCUCCAGGGCUUUCUUGCGAUUCGGUGAUAUGGCUGAUUGUGAGGAGCUCAUUCUUGAAGAUUCUCGCUUACAAAACCGCGAUCGAGACACCGUUCGGGCUGCCCUUCAAGAAAUCACGGGCAAGGCUGCAUCCCUCGUUCAAGAAAACCUGCAGCAGAUAGAUGCGCUGAAGCAGUCGGGCAAGAACGUUACCAAGAAAGAACAAAAGGCUGUACUGUUCGACCAUCAAGGUGUCAAGCGUCUGAACGCCUGGACAAUUGUUGACCGACCCCCUGACAUGCGUCUUGUGCGCAGGGUGACUACCUCUAUAUCCGACUUCAAGAACUUCCGUCUUCCAGAAGCUACGAAACCAGCGGACUACAGCUGUCCCUGGGGUGCAAGGGAAGAUGGGAUGCUUUUGGUUGGUAUUGGUCGUCACGGGUUUGGUGCUUGGACCCAGAUCCGCGAUGACACUGAGUUGGGUCUCGCUGGCAAGUUCUUCCUUGAAGAGCAUCGCGUCGAGAGGAAAACCCAACGAGCUGCAGGAGAAGAAAAGUCCACCAAAUCUCCCGGUGCUGUCCACCUGGUCCGCCGAGCUGACUAUCUGUUGUCAGUUCUGAGGAAUAAACAUACUCAUGGAAGCAAUGCGAAUGCCCGACGGGCUGUCGAUAAUCACCACCGCAACAAUAAGCGCAACGCGCGUCUUGGUAGUGGAAGCGUCUCUGCAUCUCCUGCCCCAUCCGCUCGAAAGGGCCACCGCGAGAAUGAACGCUCACGACCGCGCUCACACACCCACGGCCGGGAUGAUCGCCGAGAUGACCGUCGCAACACACCCAAUCACGAUCGGCCCAGGUCCGGGAAUGAUAUCAGCCGUCCCCGCCAUCGUCUCUCGGAAGCACACCACGACGAACGUCGUCGGAAGAGCCAUGAGAACGGUGGUUCGAGUCGAGAAGAAGAUCAGGACUCAAAAUUCUUCAGACCCAUUCGGGAUAAUCUGAAGCAAGUCGCGACCAUCACCUCGAAGAACUACCCCAACAAGGCUGAUCGAGCUGUCAAGCUUCGGAGCACCAUCGAGAAAAUUGGCGAGUUCAUUCACAACACAUUGGGUGGUGGUGACCCUAUGCCGUCUUUAGAGAGACGCUUGUGGGAUUACGUUGCCGUCCACUAUUGGCCGAACAAGGAAGUGGGUGGUGCGAAGCUUCAGUUGAUGUUUGAGAAGGUCAAGGCUGCUAGUAAGCCUUCGCAGCCGUCCAAUGGAACUUAG